AUGGACAUUGAAAACGAAGAUAGGGAAGAAGCUAUUCUUAGCAACAAUGAAGAUGAUAAUAUAGAAUAGAAUGUGUAAUAAAAGCGAGUGAGAGGAAGAAGAAAAAAGUAAUAGUAGGGCUGGGAAGAAACUAUUGAAGUAGUCAUACCUGAAUGUUUGACUAAAAAGGACUGUAACUAAGAAAAGAAAGAAUAAAAACCAAAAAAGAAAAAUAAUUAGAAUGCAGAAAUGGAAAUUGAAGAAUAUGGAAAUCUGAAGGAUAAUUACAAAGAUAUAUCAAAGCAAAUUAUUGAUAAAAAUUAUAAAUUUAAGCAUCUUUUUGACAUAAUUGAAUAUUAUAAUAUCACAAUUGACAAUUAAAAGGCUGAAAUACAAAGAGAGAACUUUAAAUAUUUGAUAUAAAAAGUAUUUAAUAUACUUAAUAGUAAAAUUUAGGAUUUGCCUUUAUUUUUAAACUAUAUCUAGCUCUUGAUAGAUAAAUCGAAUUUAGACUUACUAUUAGAAUUUAACGAAUAAUUAGAAUGUGAUAUAAAAACAAUGAGUGAAGAUUAAGCAUAAGAAAUACACAUUGUUAAAUAUUAAGGCGGCAAUUAACUUUUUAAAAUUUUAACACACUUUAAGUUUGAGGUAGAAAAUAUAAUUUAAAAAAUUAAAUCGAAGAAUAAAUAUGAUUAGCCUCAUUUAGUAUUAUGUGUAUUUGAUGGAGCUUAUAAUAUUUGCAAAUAAGAUAUGAUCGAUAUUGGGAAGUUUUUCUUUGAAGAAUAUGAGCAAUAUUAAAAUUUUAUUCAAUUAGUCAUUUUAUUUCCAGUAAGCUAACUUAUUUCUAUUCCAGAUAUUCAAAUAUACACUGUUGAGUUUUGCAAGCAAAAAGACUUAUUUGUUAAUUUUUUACUUUUUUUACUCAAAUCAGAAGAAUUUCCUCCUCUUCCUAAAAACUUACUAAGGGAUAUGUUAAAUGAAUUUGAUUUGUACUCAAUUACUUAUAAUGAUUAAGUAAGGAGAGUUAAAAUGGCUAUUUCUAAUUUUGUGUAUGAGCAUCAGGAAGAUGAAGAUUUAAUAAAACUAUUAUAGUAAAUGAAAGAAUAUGCCUUAAAUUAGUUAGCUGGAUAAAACAAACCAUAAAGAAAAUCUUAGAAGAUUAGCUCCAAUAUAUUAAUUGAUAAGUUAGACUUAUGGACAAAAAAAAAGGAAAUAUAAAUAAUUAUUGAAUUUUUAGAGAGAUUUUAUGGUAUGAAUUUUUUUAAUGGUGUAUCAAAUGAAGAUAACUCUUUUUCGCAAAAACUCAUUGAUUAGAGUCAUAGAAUUAUAGAAAUUAUUUUAAAUGAAGAUAAAAGGUAUGUAAUGACAGAAGCAUAAUAAAAUGAAUUUUUAAAAGAUCCAAAUAUUUCAUGCAAAUCAAUUUAAUAGCUGUUAAAAAAUUUCUGUGAAGAUAUAAUAGGAAACUAAAUAUUCAAAAUUCAUGCACAAAACCUUUAAGAUAUUAAUAAAUAGGUAAAUGAUGAUAUAUAAAAAUUAAAAAGUUAUAAUCUUCAUUCAAAAGAUAGGUAUGCAAAAUCCUAAUAAAUUAGUAAAACUCAGUCAGAAAAAGACAUUUCAUAGCAAGCAAAUCAAAUGAAAAAGGAAAGAGUAGAAAAUAUAGUUAGGUAAAUAACUUAUGAUUUGCAUCAAACAUUUAACAUAAUGGCAAUUGCACGACUCUCUUUAGAAAUUUCAUAAUUAAGCUCAUAAUGUAAGCCUGAUAUACUUGGCAGUUUGAUGAUACAUAAAAAAAUAAUUGAUCCUAUGUAUAAUAACCAUAUCAGUUAAAAUAAAAAGAAAAAAUAGGAGAUAGUUGAAAGUAAUGCUGAUGGAUUGUAUCUCAUUCAUAUUUUAGAAUAGUAUGGAAAAAAAUUCACAAUUACAGAGUCAUUUAAAGAAUACAAAUCUAUCUUAAGAGAAAGAAAAAUUGAAUUAGAUGAAGAUGAGCAGCUAGCUUCUUACUAUAACGCUAUUUGUGAACUGAGAUAUCUAGGAAUGAUUGAAGAAAAGAGAAAAUUAAAAAAUGAGUUCAUCAAGCAUUUCUUCGCAAAAUCUUCAUAUUUCCCGCUUAGCAUGUAAAACAGUUGA